AUGGUGAUUGAUUUACUUUUUUUAAUCGUUAAUUAAAAAAAUAUUAUGUGCGAUUCUUAUUGACUAAGCUAAAUCUUUUUUUGCACAAAAUUAUGUUAUUUCUUAAAACACAAUAACAAUAAUAAUUAGUGUAAAUCAAAUAACCGAUAAUCCACCGACUUAGGCUAUCAUAAAUAUAUUUGAUCUUGGCAUUGAUUUCCCUUCAGUGCCUCACCACACCAACUCUCUCUCACUCUCUCUCGGAAUCCUCUUCUCUCCGACGCCAUGUCUCUUGAGGUUGCUGUUAAGGCUGCAGUUGGUGCUCCUGAUGUUCUUGGAGACUGUCCAUUUAGCCAAAGGGUUCUUCUAACUUUGGAGGAGAAGAAAGUUCCUUACCAGAGGCACCUCAUCAAUCUCAGUGAAAAACCCCAAUGGUUUUUGCAAGUGAAUCCCGAAGGGAAGGUACCUGUGGUGAAGUUUGAUGGGAAAUGGGUGUCUGAUUCUGAUGUUAUUGUUGGGAUUCUUGAGGAGAAAUACCCUCAACCUUCUCUCAUUACUCCAUCAGAAUUUACCUCUGUGGGAUCAAAUAUAUUUAGUAAGUUUGUGACUUUCUUGAAGAGCAAGGACUCAAAUGAUGGAUCAGAACAGGCUUUGCUCACUGAACUCAAGGCACUUGAAGAGCAUCUUAAGGCACAUGGUCCAUUUGUUGCAGGUGAGAAAGUCAGUGCUGUAGACUUAAGUUUGGCCCCUAAAUUGUACCAUCUUGAUGUGGCUCUUGAUCAUUUCAAGAAGUGGAGUGUCCCUGCUGAGCUUACUAAUGUUAUCAACUACAAGAAGCUGCUAUUCACGCGGGAAUCAUUCGAGAAAACUAAGGCUGAAAAGAAGUAUAUAAUUGCAGGAUGGGAGCCAAAGGUGAAUCCAUGAGCUUUUUCUAGAAUAUAAGAACUUGAAGUUAGAAGAGAUAUAUGCAACCCUCUCAAAUGGCUUCAUCUAAAAGAGGCUUUGGUUUAUAUGUAGUCAUGUCGAAUAAUAAAUGUGUGCCUAUUAAUGUGUUAUAUGCGACUUGUUCUAUUUGUGAGCAUAAAUAAAAAAGGGUGUGCUUUUCCUUCUAUCA